AUGGAUCUCAAAGGGAAAAAAGAUGUGGUAGGGGACCAUGGGCGAAGCCAUAGGCAAGGCCAUGGGCGCGUCGGCAAAGCCAUGGACAAAACUAGACAAAUCCAUGUUGAUGACAAAGGUAGGCAGGGUGGCACCGGAGGGCUGUGCGAUGUCGAAGCCAAGUUGAGCAGCGCUGAUGACGCUGGAGGCAGGCAGGGAGGUGCCAGGGAUGACACCAGAGGGCUGGACGACGAGGAUGGAGCCUUGGAGGGCCUAAACUUUGCCAGGGAGAGAGAAAGAGAGAGAGAGCACCAAUCUGCUAAGGGUAUGAUGAUGAGUCUUGCACAAGCUUCAUAG